UCUUUUGUCACACUUGUUCCUAGAUGUUCGACGGCCUCUUUCAGGCUAAACACAGCCAAAACAAAGUAUAUGCGAACUGAAUUAAUUAAAGCGUUUAAUCAAGCUUCCGUAAACAAAUCUUGAUUACCUAGGAAAUAUAGCAAAAAAGUGGCGGAAGCAUAAAGAACAUGUGGCUAGGACAAGACGUGACCUUAUGCUUGGUUCUAUCGAUGACUUCUGUGACGCUUGGUCAAAACGCCACCACGCCCGACAUCGCGCGUCUCACGCAAGAAUCCUUGGCAUGGCUAAAACGAACUCACUAUAAUACUUCAGGAAGUGUGAUCGAUUUUCGCGUUCGUAGUUCUUUUUCUAAACUCACAUCUGUUCGAAUUUCUACACCGUUCAUAAGACGGCGCACGAAUGUCACCUACACCUUCAGCUACGAAUCGAUCCAAGGCAAUCUAACUACGCAAUUGCAAAAAAUCAAUGUUGCAAUGGCGAAACGUAGCAUGUACACGAUGAUAGAGUGGGCGUCAGCCCAAUCUACAUACAAUGUAUCCGUGUUGCCAGAAUACAAAAUUCGCGACGUAUUAUUAAACGCAUCAGAACUGAUAGCUCCAAAAGUCAAGACGUCGCUAUGCUCGUCUCAUUGCUUGGACUACGAGUACGAGGGUGCACCAAGGACGUUAAGAUUGUGGGUCAUAAGCCGAAGAUAUGGGUUUGCUUCGGUCGGUGUAAAAGUAUUGUCACUUCCAAAAUUAUGCCUUUCUCAAACGGUCAUCAGUGCCGAAGUACGGUACGCUACCACCAGCGGACAGCGGGGCUAUGUGUUGUUUACGGACACCGAUUUAACAAAGUUUGCGUUAAGUAACAUCGAACACCAAUCUUGGAUGAAGUUACAAGUUCGAUUUUCCUGUAAUACUAAAUCAGGAGUCAGACAAUCUCCUUAUUUGGCUGGAUUAAUACACAUUGCUGAUACGGGUAUACAUAAAACCACUAGCAAUGCAGUAGAAGUUAUGUACGACGACAACAGUUUGAAGAUCCAAAUCGCAAUGCCAUUACUAAACCGUUUCGACAUGGUUUGGUAUGAGAUCCGAAUUUGCCCAACGAAUACUACUGACCGCAAGAUACCUUGUCGACGGAAGCUGCUGCGUCGAGAAGGAAUUGCGCGUGUUACGUCUUUCGUAAAUAAGGUGACUCCAGGGGUGUAUGACAUUCACAUACGCCCAGAAUACUUGAUAGGUACGAACGCGAUCACCGCGAACAACAUCUCUUUUACAUCUGUCCCGCUUAGCACGUGCGAUCAAGCCUGUUUGUACAAAUUGGUUAGUACCAGACCAAAAGAGAUAUAUGUAGGAAAAAUCUCGUUAAGCCUGACUGCGCAGAAGAAUCUUGUCAUCAUUGCUCCAUUCGCCUUUUGGAACUGUGCAUUGGAAAAAACAAGGAGUAUUGUUCAAUACGGUAACCAUAAUGGACAAUAUGGUGAAAUCUAUUUGAAUCCCUUACCUAGGAAGUUCGAAAUGCCCACCAUCCAGUUGGCGACCACUUAUUUCGUGAGAAUAACGUCAAUCUGCGAAUCGAACGGGCCAAUCAUAUAUGGCACUGGUGUAAUCAACUUACGAGCUACCAAACAAGGGAAAAAUUACUCGACCCCGAUGUCCUCGAUGCCGAUGUCUUCGACGCCGAUGUCCUCGAUGCCGAUGUCCUCGAUGCCGAUGUCCUCGAUGCCGAUGUCCUCGAUGCCGAUGUCCUCGAUGCCGAUGUCCUCGACGCCGCUGCCCUCGACGUCGAAGGCUGCACGCUAAGUGCAGGAACCUGUGCUACUAUCCUUGACCAGAGCUUCAAACCCAAAUCCAGACUGGUGGUAACAUCAACUUUCUUGUACACGAAGGAAAGUAUUCUAUUGAAUCUGUUGCUAAUUGUUAACGACGAAACGGUUCUAAUGUAUUUCAAGCGCAACUAUGGCGAAAACAAGUCUCCAUUAAUAUAAAGAUGAAUACGAUAGAUAGAGCAGUUAUGCAUAUGCUAUCACGUCUUUUGCUCUACUGAAGAAUCUACUAUUAUUUAUUUUUUAUCAACAAAAACAUUGCACGUGUCUAGUACUACCGACAGAAUAAUCAGUGACUCCUUGGGGGGUGCUUCGGGAUUUGAUCUUAGAUGGAACAGCCUUUGACUAUUAAACAAAACGUUAGAAUCGCGUAGGCGGAUGUUUUUCAAUGUACAAUAGCGUGAUCGAACAUUCGGAUUGAUUAUUAUUCUAAUGUCUCUCCAGUGAUUAUAUAUUAUAGGUGUUACCAGCAGGCUCUUAACCGAUUGCCACUUAAAAAAAACAGGACGAGUAUAAAGGGUCACUCCCAGGUAACCCAGCAGUACCAAAUCGUAUUUUGUUAGCUUAGAUAUUGAGGCAUUCUUAACAAUGACCUUCAUUAGGAUGGAAUAAAGGCACCGUCGUCUUCAAUAAAGAUGAUUUGCUGGAAAUAAAUCCAUAGUGAGUUUUCGUUUCUAAAAUGAAAUUGAAGAAUACUCUACGUUUGCAGAGCUUGUCUUGUCGAU